AUGUCCAAAACACAUGUUCGCAAUGCUUCCGCAAAAUGCUUAGUUUUACUGAUAUCGGAAACAACAUCAUUUGAAUGUAAGAUUAUGAGCGAACGAGGUGCCCCGUUCCGAGAGAUGAAAUUAGCGCUCGGUAUUGAAAAUGGGCAAAACUCAUCUGCUAAGCACAAUUUAAUUAAUCGUCCGCAUGAUCGAAAAGAGUUGCGAAGUCUUGAACUUAAUGCUGAUAGUUGGAAUAUUAUGCAUGAAGAAUUCGCUAGUAUAACAAUACAAAUUGAUGAACGAGAAAGGCCAAAACUUCCGGGCUGUAGUGGAAAGAACAGAUAUGGUUGGCCGAUACAUGCAACACGUGUUCAUAUUCAAGAAGAUGAGCAACAAAUGCAGCCAACCACUUCUAACACUUAUCCACACGGCAUGGGACGCCGAUAUAUCAAUGCAAAUUAUAUCACAGAUGAUACAUCAGAGCGUGUAUUUAUUGCAUCGGAAGCGCCUCUUGAAUCAACGUUACUUGACUUCUGGACAAUGGUUUUCCAGGAGCGAUCUCCAGUGAUUGUUAUGCUUACUAAAUUGACGGAACAACAUCAUAACGUACAAAAGGAAAUGAGUGUUAAAUAUUUUCCUGAAAAAGCGGCAGUUUAUGGCCCGUUUGUUGUACGAUUGUUACAUUAUCGCGAAUCGUUUAACUGUGAAAUUAGAGAAUUUGUAAUCGAAAAGAAUGAUGAAAAACAUGUUUUUCGUCAUUACUGGUUCAAAAACUGGGAAGAUCAAGCAGUUCCGGGCAAAGGUUGCACUAAAUGGCUUGUUCGAAUUGCAGCUGAUGUUGAAUUAUAUCGUAAAGAGCAUCGAGAAACUUACUCUCGAACAGGCCCUGUAAUCGUACAUUGCUGUGCCGGUAGAGGACGAAGUUGCACAUUUAUUGCAAUGAUAUUGGCAGCGCAACAGUUGUUUCAAACCGGAACUGUUGAUGUGGCCUACAUUGUAUCCAAACUUCGUACACAGCGGCUAAAUGCGAUUGAUCGACCGUGUCAUUAUGCCUAUAUAUUUAACGCGCUUCAGUACAUGGACAAAAUUGUACCUAACUACCCUACCGGCAAAAAAUUUCCACCAGAAACAUUUGUGAAAGUUAUGGACGCAUUUGAAGAAGCGAGUGGAAUCGGUGAGAACGUAGUAGACGAGCCAAUUACUGGUUCUAGUUCAAUUCCGAACAAUUUCUUCUUUUAA